UUCAGCCCAAGUGGUAAAAAGUUCCGAAGCAAGCCCCAGCUGGCACGCUACCUGGGGAGCUCGAUGGACCUGAGCACUUUUGACUUCCGCACAGGAAAAAUGUUGAUGAAUAAAAUGAACAAGAACAGACAGAGGAUGCGCUAUGACUGUUCCAACCAAGCCAAAGGCAAGCCUGAUUUGAACACAGCACUGCCUGUCAGGCAGACAGCGUCCAUAUUCAAACAACCUGUCACAAAGAUCACAAACCAUCCCAGCAAUAAGGUGAAGAGUGAUCCUCAGAAAGCUGUGGACCAGCCCCGGCAGCUCUUCUGGGAGAAGAAAUUAAGUGGACUGAAUGCUUUUGACAUUGCAGAGGAGCUGGUGAAAACAAUGGACCUUCCAAAAGGUUUACAAGGCGUUGGACCUGGUUGCACUGACGAAACCCUUCUCUCUGCUAUAGCUAGUGCUCUGCACACGAGCACUAUGCCUAUCACGGGGCAGCUGUCUGCGGCCGUAGAGAAGAAUCCUGGAGUUUGGCUAAAUACCUCACAGCCACUUUGCAAAGCAUUUAUGGUGACAGAUGAAGAUAUUAGGAAGCAAGAGGAACUGGUGCAGCAGGUGCGAAAGAGGCUGGAGGAAGCCCUGAUGGCUGACAUGCUUGCCCAUGUAGAGGAAAUAGCAAGAGAUGGGGAAGCUCCUUCGGAGAAGGAAGGAGGCGAGGAAGAAGAAGAGGACGAGGAGGAGGAGGAGCAGGACCAUGACCAGGAGAUGGAGAAUGUAUAGUCCAGGGAGUUCCAUCUAAGAAUUCCCAGUAUAAACCCUAUCAGCAGGGUCAGCACAAUUAUUUACAAAGCCAAGAGUGUCUGCGGGAGUAAAUUGCACCAACAUUCCAACUGUACCUAUGAGCAUUUUGAUGUACGCUUCAGGAAACGUGGAGAAACUGAUGGUUCAUUAAUUGCUGGGUAGUUUUGAAGAUGGAACUUGACUACACUCUACUCCCCUUCCUUUUUCUAAAGGGGUAGGGUAAUUGGGAGUACAAAAGUGGGAGGGAAUAAAGGAAUAUAAAAUGAUGGGAGGGAAAAUACUAGGAACCAAAUUUCCUGUCCUUUUUUUGUUGUUAUUGUGGGUCAGUCAUAGGUGAUACAUUUUUAAGCUUUUCUAUCAAAGUACCUUUAACAAUGACCCAUAGAAACAAUUCUAUCUGUAACACAAGUGAGAGAUGCUGUUUCACUCCUUGGCUACUCUGCUGUAGGCUACCUGUUUGUACCAGACUGUAGGGAGGUCAUUUUAUGUUGUGGAUUGUCAUUCCAUGUGUCAAUUCAGGUCACUGAAUUUCCUUUUCCUCGCAAGACCACAUUGGUCCUGGAAGUGUAGUCUCGGAGAUGAACUGCCAGUGCCUCUUCCACCUGAGGUUUUGAUUAGUAGGGGAAGUAACACUUGAGGAAUUGGUCUUAGAUCAAUGGCAAUCGUUUUUUUAGUUAGUUCCAGCACCACACUGAAUGCACUACGGUGCACGUUUUUGAUACAGAGUUGUGUGUAUGUCUGAGCGUAGCCAAAUAGAGUUUUGAAGAUAAAUAUACCCACUCUGUGGAAUAUUUUGCUUUGGUUUAAAUCCAGUCAGAAGGACCUUCUCAACUCAGAAUGGAAGGAUGACUCACUUCUGACUGACAAUGAGGAAAACUUCCUCCUUUCUCUUCUGGUGCCAAGAACCCUGACCUCGGUUUCUGUGUGUGUGGAGGGAAGGGGGAUCCAUUCCAAUAGGUGUGUCUACACAUCUGCUUUCGUGUGCAGUAAUGUUCUGACCUCUUUUAAAACAAGAAAGGAAAAAGGUUGAUUUUUCUAUAAUUGAUAUCUAAAAA